CCGCACAGCGUGGCAGUGAGCGAGGGAAGAGAGGGAGGGGGGGAGAGAGGUUGCGAGACGACUUUGGACCUGAAGGGAGAGAUCCCAAACCCCCAUCUCAGCUGAUCGAUUCUUCUGGAAUGCUGGGGCAGGGCUUCUUCUGAUUGCACUCAAGCUGAUCCCCUUUUGCUCAAGCUCGGAGGAUGUUUGUUGCUCAACCAGAGCUUGGAGCUAUUCGGAAGAAGACUCUUUAAUCGAAGAGCUCGCGGCGUAGCGAAAUCACUUGCGAAUAUGCAGCAGCAAGGGGGGAACCCGGGUUCGCCUCGGUUUCCUAACAGCCCUAAUAAUCCCAAUGCUCGACCGCAAUUUUCACCUUUUUCAGCUCCUGGUUCAGUACCAAGAGCUGGACCGCCAACAUGGCAAGGUGGCGCCUCUGGCCCUCAGUUUCGACUGCAUGUUCCAGGUCAACCUCCUGGACCCCCUGGAGCACCGAAAACCCUGGCAGAUCAACUUCAGAAUCCCAUAUCUCCUCUGCCAGUAGGACCUCCUUCAGCUUAUCGCCCGGAAGGUCCUCCUGCAGGUUAUCAACCAUACAAUCCUACACCUCUCGUCUCUGGUCCAUUGCCUCCACCCUUUGCCAGGCCUCCGCCCCCCGGAGGUCCGCCCAUGGCAGGUCCUCCCGUCACCAUUCCAACCCCUUCUUUUUCUCCACCAAAUUUAGCUUCCAUGGGAGCAUCUGGGCAAGCAAAUUCUGUGGGGAGUCCUCGGUUUGGACCGAGUGGUAGCGUAAGAGCACCCCUUCAGGGAGCAGGGUAUGGUCCUCCAGCAAGAUUCCCAAUGAAUCCUGGGCCUCCACCACCUUCUGGAGUGUUCCCUCCCCCUCCAGGCAGCAGGCCAUCGUUUAGCAAUCCCUCACAGGCUCCUUCACCCCUGGGUCCUCAGUUUGGAUCGCCAUCAUCGCAGCCAGUGUCAACAGGGCAACAGUAUAAUGUCAUGCCACAGUCACCGAAGUCUGCGUCAACUAUCCCCCAACCUCCCCAGUUUUCUUCAAUGAAUCCUCCUCAAUAUGGAGCCCCUCUCUCGUCACAAAAUUUUUACGGUGGGCCGCCUCCUCCACCGACGGCAGGGCACUAUGGUGAUGGCCAAGUGGGCGCGUACAGCCACCCACCGCCAGCAAGCUCUUAUGGUGGAAAUUACCAUCAAGUGCAAGGUUUGGUCGAAGAUUUCCAAUCUCUUGCUUUGGUUCCUGUACAUGGAUCACCUGACAGCACUGUAGAUCCAGCCACACUUCCAAGGCCGCUUGACGGUGCGGAGGAAGUGAAGCCAAGUGGAAAUUUAAACUGUAAUCCUCGAUACUUACGUCUUACAAUCAAUGCUAUGCCAAAUGCUCAUUCUUUAAUGUCUCGGUGGCAUCUGCCUCUUGGAGCUGUUACUCAUCCUCUUGCAGAGGCACCACCCGGGGAGGAGGUUCCUGUGGUGAAUUUUGCAGGUACGAUAGUAAGGUGUCGACGGUGUCGUACGUACAUCAAUGCUUAUGUGAUGUUUACAGACGGAGGGCGCCGGUGGCGUUGCAAUGUGUGUUCACUACUAAAUGAAGUUCCUGUGGAUUACUUUUGUCCUCUGGAUGAGAACGGACGGCGUCGAGAUGCCGGCGAAAGGCCGGAGCUUUCCUGUGGUAGUGUGGAGUUUGUGGCUCCAACCGAGUACAUGGUUCGGCCACCAAUGCCGCCCGUGUACUUCUUUCUCAUUGAUGUCUCCCUUUCAGCAAUAAACUCUGGGAUGGUCAUGGUUGCUGCAGCGACUAUCAAAGCAUCAUUGGACAAACUAUUAGGAUUUCCUAGGACUCAGAUAGGAUUUAUGACCUUCGACAGCACUCUGCACUUCUACAAUCUCAAGUCCUCCUUGACACAACCGCAAAUGAUGGUAGUUGCGGACCUUGAUGAUCCAUUUCUACCACUUCCGGACGAUUUGCUGGUGAACCUGUCGGAGUCUAGGAGUGUUGUGGACACUCUGCUUGAUAGCCUGCCUUCAAUGUUUGAAAAUAAUGUUAACAUCGAGUCGGCUCUUGGGCCUGCACUGAAAGCGACUUUCAUGGUCAUGAGCCAGCUGGGAGGGAAGUUGCUACUUUUCCAGAGUACUUUGCCCUCUCUUGGUCUGGGAAGGCUGAAGCUUCGAGGCGACAACCCUCGCAUCUAUGGAACGGAUAAAGAGCACCUUCUUCGUGGCACAGAAGAGCAGUUCUAUAAACAAAUGGCUGCUGAUUUUUCGAAGUAUCAGAUCGCUGUUAACAUAUAUGCUUUCGGUGAACGUUACACUGAUAUAGCUUCUUUGGGUGUAUUAGCUAAGUAUACAGGAGGACAGGUUUGUUAUUAUCCUGCAUUCCUUGCCCUGCUGCAUGGCGAGAAAUUCAGCUAUGACCUUGCUCGAGAUCUUUCAAGAGAAACCGCUUGGGAGGCUGUCAUGAGAAUACGGUGUGGAAAAGGAAUACGCUUCUCAUCAUUUCACGGCCACUUCAUGCUACGCAGUUCGGACCUUAUGGCUCUUCCUGCUGUGGACUGUGACAAGGCUUUUGCUAUGCAGCUCCAGCUGGAAGACACUUUGUUGUCCACGCAGACGGUCUACUUCCAAGUCGCCCUGCUUUAUACCUCUUCAACAGGGGAGCGUCGGAUACGAGUGCACACUAUGGCUACUCCUGUGGUGAACGAGCUGUCAGAGUUGUAUAAAGCAGCUGAUGUAGGCGCUAUUGCUAGUUUGAUGAGUAGGCUUGCUGUUGAGAAGACGCUGCAAACAAAACUUGAAGAUUCUCGUCAAGCUUGUCAAAUGCGGUUGGUUCGAAGCUUGCAGGAGUACCGUAAGUUGUUUUCAGUUCAACAUCGGACAAGCAAUAGGUUGAUUUACCCCGAGAGUUUGAAGCUGCUUCCUCUUUACACUCUUGCUAUAAUUAAAAAUAUGGCACUUCGAGGUGGCUUUGGAGAUUGCUCACCUGAUCAAAGGUCUGCAAUGGGAUUUCAAAUCAUGACAAUGUCCAUACCAAGACUGCUGAGGUUGCUGUACCCGUCACUCAUCCGUCUUGAUGAGUACCUUUUGCAGGACUCGAGAGGUGAUGGUCCUGCGGGAUUGCCUGCUCCUUUGGUUCUUUCUUCAGAACAGCUUGACCCGCGCGGAGCAUUUUUAUUAAAUGAUGGGUUAUCAUUUAUUUUGUGGUUAGGAAAGGUUCUGCCUGCUGAAUUUGUGAAAGAUCUGCUCGGACCUGAGGCUGCAUAUACUACUGAUUCCACCAAGAUUGCACUAGUCGAACAGGAGAGUGUAAUCUCGAAACGGUUGAUGUCCUCUCUGCAAGCACUCCGGCAAAGUUGUCCGGCUGUAUAUCAACUUUGCACAGCAGUGAGACAAGGGGAGCAACCACUGGAAGGAACUCUUGUGCUUUCAAAUUUACUUGAGGACCGAUCUUCGGGGGCCACCGGAUAUGCCGACUUUGUUGCCCAGAUUUAUCGCCAGGUUUCGCAGAAAAUUUAGUGGGUUAUUGGUCAAAUUUGUUACCAUAAUCAAGGACUAGGGUCUGUAUUCCAAUAAUUUGCUGCUUUUUGUUUCUGAGGUGGACUUGACAUAGACUUUGUAUGUAGAAUGUGAAUCUCUAGAGUAGGUAUCACUAGUUGACACGGAAUUUGAGGUUCUUCCUAGAGCAUUGCUCUGUAUCAAGCUGUUGUGCUGGGUACCUUAAAAAUCGGCAGUUUUCUAUUUUCUAGAUUCGGGCUACUUCAUGCUGCAAUCAACCUCUCAUUACUUUCAUUUAAUUAGUUCUAUUACCACUGGAGCUGUGUCCUUCCGUAUAUAUUGUGCCCAUUGGGCGAGGUGCCUUUUUUAGCGGCAAAGAUAAUAAAUGAUCAACUCUAUGACAUCCA